AUGUCACGAUUUCGAGACAUUCGUCUUGGAUUUUCAAAAACAAAGCUGAGAACACAGAGUACACUGGUAUCUGCUGUGCACCGCGAGAAUUCGUCUCCAGCCGCGAACGAUCGAAAUGCCCUGCAAAAUGCCCUCGAAGAGAUGUAUUGGGAGGGCGCACGAGAUGAGCUAGAGAACAUUAUUCGCACUCUGGCGAUUUGGCAACAGCCGACGUUCGCCGAUGUCUCAGUGCCAGACGAAGAUGAUGACUUUGUACAUGGAUUCGACACGUUUGUGGAUCAGAGAGGUCUUGCGAAAAUGGAUUGGACCCCCGAUCAACCGUCGACAUACUUGUCUUCACUCAAAGACGCGGCAAUGGAUCGGAAGGCCGAAUACAUCAGCUCAAAGAUCAAGUCCUCUGUGCGCAAGACCCUAGAGGCUAUGCCGACCUUUACGAGAAGAGAAAAACGUGUAUGGAUGUUGCUUCAGGCUGCCGGGUUUCUUGACAUUGAAAAGUUGAUAGAUGGUGGGCCAGCAGCCAAGAAGGAAAAGAGGCCGGUCGUUCCCCAGUUGGAUUUCUCUAGAGAUCGGCCACUUGACUUUUAUCCUAUGCAUUGCGCUAAUACUCAAUGCAACGCAAUCAUCACUGGAAGUAUGUUCGUAUCUGAGGACCCCAAGGAGCCCCGUGUAGUCUGUGAAGGUUGCUAUUUGCGUUUCUUUUACGGCAAGGAAUCCUAUAUCAAACGAUAUAAGCAUUGCGUCCUGUCCGAGGCGAUCACACCCGAAGAGAGCCGGAAAAUAUGUUCUUGUCAACAGGUGGCUCAUUUCGACGAAGACAACAACCCCCUGCCACUAUUCCCGGUUGAUAGCAGUGCUCCUCAUGUAGCCGUACGGGGAACUUGUCAACUUUGCAAGCUUGACGACAUUGUCGGUAUUGCAAAGUACAACGCACUGCGAAAAGCAACAGGGGUUAAAGAAACCAAAAAGGAAAGGAAACUGAAUUCGGCAAUGCAUGCAAUAAUCAUGCUCGAAACCCCACGGCCGCCAGAAAAAUCAGUUCUCAGCAAGUUUAGGCAAUCGUCCAAGUUUGGGCAUGACCGUCUAGACCACCUUACACCUGGUUCGACGACCUCUACUACUGUGGUCACUAACCCGCAAGCAGACCCGGAUGUUCCAAUGUUCUUUAAGGAAUAUAUUGAUGAGAAUCCAUUUGCGAACGUCCACGUAAGACUCCGUAUCGGGCCGCUGAUCAUCGCAAACGGUGUACUACAUACUGAGGACGGCGCCAUUGUUACAUUGCGGGAAGCUCCCGUCUACCAUAGGCGUCUAAGCCUCUCCGACAAGGGAAAGCGAAGCCUUAUGGUCACAGGCUCCAAGGAGCAAAAACAGUGGCAACAUAUUCAUCUUGGCCCACGUCUGACUAACUACAGGGCAGUCCUGAAACAAGUUGUUGGCGCACCUUUCAGCGGGCUCUUGCCACAAGACGAUGAGCGUGCGCUGGUUUGCGAGAUUCUAGAUGCGAGUAAAUCACUUUCUGGUCAAGGAACAGACCUUAAAGAAGUACUUGAACGAUUGCUAGAGCUUCUUAUGACUAUGAUAGGCAGUCGCGUGAAGAUAUACCUCAGCAGUAUAGCAGAACGACUUUGGUGCCCAACCACGCGCCUUGCAUGGAAUUCCACGCACAACAAUUGCCAGCAGUUUUGCGACUCGCUGAUUGACCACAACAUUUUCGGAGGUUUGACCAGCAACUUGGCCGAGCCUCUUUACCUUAUGAGCUUCGUCUGCCCCGACGAGGGUUACUUGCGGCCGAUAGUUCAAAACAAGUUCAGUGUCCCAGCUGGACUGACGCAGGAUUAUAUCUCCCAGUUCUACUUCGGUCAUUCCGAUAAGGAUGCCGACAUUAUCGAUACUUACCAGGAAUAUUGGUCUGAUUGGGGGGCCUUUGGGGGGCCAAUAUACAAGUAUCAGAAUAUUUUCCCAUGGGAUUGCACUGAGGCGUAUGGUCGAUAUCCAACAUGUUGCGGAAAUUGUAAUAUGUCCAAACACGUCUGGGCCUUCCCAUUUGAUUCCUGGUCUAUGAUAUCGCACCACCUUACGCGUGAGCAACACAUGUAUGCGCCCUCCUCUCUCUCCGAGCCUCAGAUUACCACAGAACCCAGCCCCCAGGCCUGGAUGCGCAAUCGACUCAAUGUAUUGAGUGCAUCAACAAAGCUUUACCGCGCCGCAGCAGCUAUGGCUAAAACAGCCGCAUUCCGUUCCGCAACAGCUUGGUUAUCUUCGUCCUCCAAACCUGGAUCAGAGCUACGCUCUCUCUACCCAUCUCUCGUACGCGUCAAGCUAGGCGGCAUCCAUCGCGCUCAACCUUUCAGUCAUCUUCUGUUCGAUGCUAAGAAGCAUACUACAUUUUUCCUGGCGGACUGGGCAAAAAGACCGCCGAAUCAGCAGGUGGCCGCUUACGAGGCUGCACGAGAAGAGCGUAUCAGGCUUGCCGAUGUUCCAAAGCCGGGUGCACCACCGCCGCCGCCGUUGAAAGCAGGAGGUGGAUCAGGGUUUUCCUCUCAACUCAGAGGACGCUCGCAAAAUCCGAUAGAUCUCAAUGAAAGCUAUACAGAUGCGGCGUUCUCAAGCCGUACUGCCGCAAGCUGGAGUGCGGGUUGUGCAGUGUCCUGCGGAACGAGUUGUGGCACAGGAUGUGGGAACAGUAGUUGUGGAGGUGCGGCUGGGAGUUCCACCUAUCCUGCUACGAGUAGCACAACUUACGGCAGUAGUAGUAAUGAUACCCAAUGGCCAAGCAAUGUUGACGAAACUAGGCCUCCUUUGACUCAGGGUCUAUUAUGUACAAUGUCGCUUCUCGUCACUUCUACAACACAUAAACUUCACCAAGCCGCCGAAGCAGAGAUACGGAAGCUAAAGUCCUGGCAAAGCAGUGAGCCUCUGGAUGAUUGCUGGAAACUGCUGGAUGUAGGGGAUACAAACGACAUCGAUGGGCAGCGCCCACUCAUCCCCGCGCCCAGUCUAUUCAAGUCUUUGACCAUCACCACUACGACAAAAGCCAGGAUGGGGGAAGAUGGAUAUUUUCUACCUACUCCAGCUCAAUGUGCGGCUCACUUAGAGCUUCUGGAAGUAUUCUUCGCUUUACGGUACAACAUUGUCAAUUCAGCAGCGUUAGACACUACUUUUGGCGUCGAGCAUAUCUACAAGAAGACGAAAAUACGGGAUAAUACCUUUCAAGAUCGGAGAAGAGAAAAGUGGGAGUUUUACUUGAAGAUUGCGGUGCAGAGGUUCGACACCUGGAUCCGGGCGGCGGAUAAGAUUGUUGCAGAACAGGUAAAGGAGGAGAAGGGUGUUUCUUUACCAUAUUUGCCACCAUUGGAUGUUCUCAUGUUUUGGCACGCAUGUCUGUUGAAUCCUGUCGAUUUUGAGAACUUUUGCCGCGACCACGAGUUGAGAAUCAUUCGCCAUGUGGAAUUUCCGUGGGCAGAAAUUCACGAAGCAAUUAAUACACGGACCUGGACCUAUGAGCUUCCCAAGGCAUCCCGAGAAUGGACCAAAUAUGAGUGCCAGAUAGAGCCAGAUCUAUUCCAUUAUCUCGUCGAAAUCGGAGCGACACCCACGAGCCCCGUUGCCCAAACACUGUCCCGAUUCGGAGAGCCCAAAGGACAACAAGCUGGAAGCCUAUGGACAACCCUGAAACAAAUUGUACUCGGCGAACGCGAUAAUCAAUUCAUCAAGAACUUGGUACAGAUUCAGAUGGACAUCCAGCUGCCCGCCCGGGUAUCCAUGGUCGAAAAUGUCAAGCGUCAGGCUUCGUUUGUCGACAAGAUGCACAGUCAUCUUUGGAUCCGCAGUCCAGCUGUCGGCGGAACAUUGCGCCGCGCCAUCGAUCGAUAUAGCAAGUUUCUCAAACUGUUCCAGCUUUAUCCUGAUAAAAUGCUUGUACCCACACUCGAUAUUGAUUUGGUCUGGCAUACACACCAGUGCUCCGCAGUCUUAUACGAAGAGUACAUGCGAGCAACUACAGGGCGCUAUAUUAAUCAUGACGACAAGAUUGAUAAGAAGGCGCUUGGUCACGGGGCGGAUGAGACGCAGCAUUUGUUUCGUACCCGGUUUGGGCAUGAGUACUCUGUUUGUCUGUGUUGGGACUGCGAGAUGCUUACCACUGCUUUGGAGAAGGUUGACGAAAAGGACGAAACUGGUCUGCUCGAUGAUUUGGAUAUGGCGGAUUUUACGGAGAAGGUUGGGCAGUAUGUCAGUUAUUAUCGGUCGGAGGAGUUGCGUAGGCGUGCCGACCUCAGAAUAGACAUAUAG